AUGGAGACGACUGCUAAUGGCGUUUCUUUGAUUAUUCCACAUAUAAAUAAAGAUCAUGGAGGACUUUACUACUGUGGAAAUAUUUACCUGCAAGAUUUAACAUUAUCCAAUGGAACAUUCUUGGCUGUAACAGGUGAUGAAGAUGUAAAAGUGUCAGUGAACCAGAGCAGUGUUUUGAACUCGGUUCCUGCAGGAGCAUCAGUGACUCUGCAGUGUUCGGUUCUCUCUGAGAGCAGAGCAGCAGAACUCCAAGUGCUCUGGUUCAGAGCUGCUCCAUCACAAUCCCAUCCUCAACUCAUUUACACUCAUCACAACAGCAGCCUUCAGUGUGAGAGCGAAUCUUCUACACACACCUGUGUGUACAACUUGUCCAAGAACAUCUUCACCCUCAAUGAUACUGGUACUUACUACUGCGCUUUGGCCCUGUGUGGGAAGAUCAUUUUUGGGAACGGGACACGAGUACAGCUGGAGGAUCUUUCACAAUUUGGUCCUGAAGUGAUCUACCUCACAGUAGUUGUGGUGGUGUGUUUGAUUGUGAUCUUCACUCAAGCUUUUCUAAUCUAUAAAUUGAGGAACUGUGAACAAUCCAGAGUGAGUUUUCAAAAAGAGGACGUAAAAACACCUGAACAGGGUGGUGAUGCAGUGGAGCUGAAUUAUGCUGCUUUACAUUUUAAUAAGAAGAAGAACACCAAAAGAGUGAUGAGAAAAAGAGAAAAAAUUAAAGAGUGUGUUUAUUCUGAAGUGUCACAUCUUACCUAAUG